GAUUGACCCUUCCAAAUCAAACAAGCCACGUGUUUGCACUGAAAGCAGAAGUAGCAAAAUACCAUUCACAUCUAAACGUCUUCUGGAACUCCAACUUCGCUCCCACUCGACCUUUCCGCCGCCAGCCAGCCAUUUAAACCACCUCCUCCUCCUGAAUCUCAGUCUUCUCUUCCUUGUUAUGCUGAUAACUUGAAUCCGCUUCUGCUUCAGAAUUUCAUCUGGGGCAGUCGCAAGGAGCAUAAGAGAGAUUUUGUUGGGGCAUAUACUCCUAGCAUGAGUGUUUUUAUUGUUGGUGCUCUAGUACCUAUCGUAUUUACCCUUAUAGUCCGAAAAUCCAACAAGAUGAAGAAGAGAGGGGUUCCUGUUGAUGUUGGUGGAGAACCUGGGUAUGCAAUAAGAAACAGCAGGUUCACCUCCCCCGUUGAAACAGCUUGGGAAGGUAUAUCUACCCUUGCUGAACUUUUUGAGCAGGCAUGUAGGCAGCACCAAGAUAAAUUACUACUUGGAACUCGGCAAUUGAUUUCAAGGGAGGUUGAAACUACUGGGGAUGGAAGAUCUUUUGAGAAGCUUCAUUUGGGAGAGUAUAAGUGGUUAACCUAUGGGAAAGCAUUUGAAGCUGUGUGCAGCUUUGCUUCUGGCUUAACUGAACUUGGGCAUAAAAAGGAAGAACGUGUGGCAAUCUUUGCUGAUACAAGAGAAGAAUGGUUUAUUGCAUUGCAGGGUUGCUUUAGGCGAGAUGUCACUGUGGUGACAAUAUAUGCAUCUUUGGGAGAGGAGGCUCUAUGUCACUCACUAAAUGAGACAGAGGUGACAACAGUUAUUUGUGGGAACAAGGAAUUGAAAAAGCUUGUAGACAUUAGUGGGCAACUUGACACAGUGAAACGGGUGAUUUGUAUGGAUGAUGAUAUCCCAUCUAAUGUUUUACCACUGGUGCAAAGUGGUAUUUGGACAGUCACUUCUUUUGCUGAUGUUGAGAGACUUGGCCGUGAGAAUCCUGUUGAUGCUGAUUUACCUCAUUCAUCUGAUGUAGCAGUUAUAAUGUACACAAGUGGAAGCACUGGAUUGCCUAAGGGUGUAAUGAUGACACAUCGCAAUGUUCUAGCUACAGUUUCUGCAGUGAUGACGAUUGUUCCAAGCCUUGGGAGCAAGGAUGUGUAUCUUGCAUAUCUACCUUUGGCUCACAUACUUGAGUUAGCAGCUGAGAAUUUAGUUGUUGCUGUUGGAGGUGUCAUAGGAUAUGGAUCCCCUUUGACUCUUACUGACACAGGGAACAAGAUAAAGAAGGGAACAAAAGGUGAUGCCACAGUAUUGAGGCCAACGAUCAUGGCUGCUGUCCCAGCAAUACUUGAUCGUGUUCGGGAUGGCGUGCGGAAGAAGGUGGAUGCAAAGGGUGGACUCACUAAGAAAUUGUUCGACUUAGCAUAUGCACGUAGAUUAUCUGCAAUAAAUGGUAGUUGGUUUGGGGCUUGGGGUCUGGAAAAGAUUUUGUGGGACAUUCUUGUCUUUCAGAAAGUUCGAGCAGUUCUUGGAGGUCGUAUCCGGUUUUUGUUGUCUGGUGGUGCUCCUCUUUCUCCUGAUACUCAAAGAUUCAUCAAUAUUUGUCUUGGUGCUCCAAUUGGACAAGGGUAUGGUCUGACUGAGACUUGUGCUGGGGCUACCUUUUCCGAGGUUGAUGAUACAUCUGUUGGUCGUGUUGGUUCUCCGCUCCCUUGCUCCUUUGUUAAGUUAAUAGAUUGGCCUGAAGGUGGAUAUCGAACUGGUGAUUCACCAACGCCUCGUGGAGAAAUAGUGAUCGGUGGUCCAAAUGUCACACCUGGAUAUUUUAAAAAUGAAGAAAAAACAAAAGAAGUUUAUAAGGUUGAUGAGAGAGGAAUGAGUUGGUUCUAUACUGGGGACAUCGGACAGUUUCAUGCCGAUGGUUGCCUUGAGAUAAUUGACCGCAAAAAGGACAUUGUCAAACUUCAGCAUGGAGAAUAUGUCUCUUUAGGGAAGGUUGAGGCUGCUCUCAUUGUGAGCCCCUACGUCGACAAUAUUAUGUUGCACGCAGAUCCAUUCCAUAGUUUCUGCGUGGCUCUCAUAGUGGCUUCACAGCCUGCAGUGGAAGAGUGGGCCUCAAAGCAGGGAAUAAGUUUUACUGAUUUUGCUGACUUGUGUGGGAAAGCAGAAACCAUUGCAGAAGUGCAUGCUUCUCUUGUUCAGGCAGCGAAGAAGGCACGAUUGGAGAAGUUCGAGAUCCCUGCAAAAAUCAAGUUACUUUCAACUCCAUGGACUCCUGAAUCCGGCCUUGUCACUGCAGCACUCAAGAUCAAGAGAGAGGCUAUAAGAAAAGCUUUCUCCGAGGACCUUACUAAGUUAUAUGCAUCAUAAUUUUGAGAGGAAGUGGUUUUACCAAUUUUAGAGACUUUUUUCUCGUUGAGUCCUAGCUGCUUCAGUGCAUGAUUCCUACUUCUCUCUCGUUAAUUUUUUCUUCACAGUUCAUAGUAUUGCCUUCUUAGGAAACUUUCAAGCAGGCUUUACAUUACAUAAUAUAAAAAUUCUUCACUAAUUUUUUUUAUGCCCUCUUCAAUAAAAACAUGAGUUCUCC